AUGGCAUCAACAGCAUCAAGAAGUGAUUUUGACGAGAAGGAAAAGGAGAAGGAUGUCAGGACCUCAAAUAUCGUUGCUGCAAGAGCCGUUGCAGAUGCGAUCAGAACUUCUCUUGGACCAAAGGGAAUGGACAAAAUGAUCAGUUCACCAAAUGGAGAGGUGAUCAUCAGUAAUGAUGGUGCCACCAUCUUGAAGCACUUGGAGGUUAGACACCCUGCUGGUAAAAUGUUGGCAGAACUAGCAAAGGCUCAGGACAUUGAGGCCGGUGAUGGAACCACUUCAGUGUGUGUCAUUGCAGGAGCAUUGUUGUCUGCCGUUUCACAGUUAAUGGCCAAGGGCAUUCAUCCAUCGAUCAUCUCAGAGUCAUUCAACUUGGCCUUGAACAAAUCAUUGGAAGUUCUCACCAACAUGUCAACACCAGUCAGUCUGAGCGACAAGGCCAGUUUGGUCAAGAGUGCUAUCACAUCACUUAACUCAAAGGUGGUGUCACAGUACACCAACCUUGCGACGAUCGCCGUCGAUGCAGUGCUUGCCGUAAUCAACCCAAGCACUGCCACCAAUGUCAACCUCAAGGAUAUCAAGAUCAUCAAGAAGCUUGGUGGCACUAUCGAUGAGACUGAACUCAUCCAUGGCCUGGUGUUUGAUCAGCACACAGCCCAUGGCGCAGGUGGACCCACUCGUAUUCAGAACGCCAAGGUUGGUCUCAUUCAAUUCUGUCUCUCUGCACCAAAGACCUACAUGGACAACAACAUCGUCGUCUCUGACUACACCAAGAUGGACAAGGUGCUCAAGGAGGAGCCAAAGCUCAUUCUUGAAAUGUGCCGCAAGAUUCAAAAGUCAGGUUGCAAUGUUCUGCUCGUCCAAAAGUCCAUCCUGAGAGACGCCCUCAACGAGUACUCUCUUCAUUACUUGGCCAAGUUGAAGAUUCUUGUCGUCAAGGAUAUUGAACGUGAUGAUAUAGAGUUCAUUUGCAACACUAUUGGAUGUACACCAAUUGCCAACAUAGAGUCAUUUACACCAGACAAGCUCGGAAAGGCCGACUUGGUCGAGGAGGUUGGCACUACUGAUGGUAAAAUUGUAAAGAUUACAGGUAUCCCAAAUCCAGGCAAGACUGUGACCAUCUUGGCCAGAGGUUCAAACAAGCUGGUAUUGGACGAGGCCGAGCGUUCAAUCCAUGACGCACUUUGUGUCAUCCGCUCGUUGGUCAAGAAGAAGUUCCUCAUUGCAGGAGGUGGUGCACCAGAGAUUGAAGUGUCACAGCAAGUCACUGAAUACGCCAAAUCCCUCAUGGGCAACACUAGCUACUGUGUUCGCGCCUACGCAGAGGCCCUGGAGAUCAUCCCAUACACUCUGGCCGAGAAUGCUGGACUCCACCCAAUCAGCAUUGUCACUGAGCUCCGAAACAAGCACGCACAAGGAGAGAAGAACGCAGGUAUCAAUGUCCGCAAAGGUGCCAUUACCAACAUUCUCCAGGAGAACGUUGUCCAGCCCCUGUUGGUUUCAACAAGUGCCCUCACACUUGCAACUGAGACUGUCAUCAUGUUGCUCAAGAUCGAUGACAUUGUCACUGCCCGUUAA